AAACAAAGUGGUGAACUUUAAAAAUCGUACAAAAAUAAUCACAGUUAAUAAUUUAAGUUGUUAUGAAAGAUUUAUGAAAUAAAUAAUGACAAUCACAGAAUACGUUCAAUCUCUUGGCGAUAAUCCUUACUUUGGAGCAGGAUCUGGGAUUUUUGCUUUGGGUGUUGGAGCUGCUCUUCUUCGUCGAAGUGCUCAAGCAAGUCUCAUUUUAUUCAGACGACAUUUUAUGAUAACUCUUGAAGUUCCAUGUAGAGAUAAAUCUUAUCAAUGGCUUCUUCAAUGGAUAACACAGAAAGGUGCACGCAAAACUCAGCAUCUGAGUGUGGAGACGUCUUUCCAGCAGAACAAUACUGGCCAUAUAAAAACAAAAUAUGAUUUUAUUCCAAGUAUUGGUACGCAUAUUAUGUAUUAUGGUGGAACUUGGAUAAAAGUAGAACGAGUAAGAGAGUCACACACUUUGGAUCUUCAUAUGGGAGUUCCAUGGGAAACUGUGACACUUACAGCUUUCGGAAGAGACAAGAACAUUUACUUUAAAAUGCUUGAAGAAGCUCGACAUCUCGCUUUAAAAUAUACUGAAGGGAAGACAAUAAUGUAUACAGCUAUGGGAGCUGAAUGGCGUGAAUUUGGACAUCCAAGAAAACGAAGACCAAUCGACAGCGUUGUUCUUGAUGAAGGAAUUGCUGAAAGAAUCAUAAAUGACUGUAGAGAAUUCAUAACUAGUCCUCAAUGGUAUGCAGAUCGCGGAAUUCCAUAUAGACGAGGCUAUUUACUGCAUGGUCCACCUGGUUGUGGUAAAAGUUCAUUCAUCACAGCGUUAGCUGGAGAAAUAGAAUUUGGUAUUUGCCUUCUCAAUUUAUCUGAUCGAGGCCUCACCGAUGAUCGAUUAAAUCAUCUCUUAAAUGUAGCUCCACAACAAUCAAUCAUUCUUCUUGAAGAUAUUGAUGCUGCGUUUAUGAGUCGUGAAGAGACAUCACAACAAAAAGCAGCUUAUGAGGGAUUAAAUCGUGUAACUUUUAGUGGUCUUCUCAAUGCUUUAGAUGGUGUUGCAUCGACAGAAGCGAGAAUUGUCUUUAUGACAACUAAUUAUUUAAAUCGAUUAGAUCCCGCGCUGAUUCGACCUGGUCGCGUUGAUCUCAAAGAAUUCGUUGGUCAUUGCACAACUUAUCAAUUGACACAAAUGUAUCGAAGAUUUUAUAACAGCCCUGACGUUGAAUUGUUUGCUACAAAAUUCGGAGAGAAUGUUAUGAAAGUAGGUAAGCCUGUGAGUCCAGCACAGUCGGUGAUGGAAAGGAAAGUGUAA